AAAAAAGAGUAUGCUGGGUGGCGCUAGCUGCUGCUGAAAAAGUCCUCUUCAUAUCUUUCUUUCUUUAUUAUUUAAACCUUAAGGUGGCGGCUUAUUCUUCUUACUACUACAAUAUUCUUUACCAAAUUCUACAUUUCCACAAUGGGAAAAGGUUCCACUUCUUCUUCCUCCUCUUCCAACAGUAGAAGAAGGAAACAUAAUUCCUCUAAUGUUUCAUCCUCCAUCACUCACCAAAAUCCUGAUCAACAACAUCUUUUUCCUGAUCUUAACCUUGGAUUGAGCAUUUCCACCACUCAACAAUAUGUUGAUUAUUCCACCUCAAGGGGACAUUGGCAACCAAUUCAGCAACAAGGUGGUGAAGUAAAUGACUGCAGUGAUUACAACAGUGCCUUCUUUGUGAAGGUUUACAUGGAAGGCAUUCCAAUUGGGAGAAAGCUCAAUUUGCUAGCUCAUAAUGGCUAUCAUGAGUUGGUUAAUACACUUGAACAAAUGUUUGAUACUACCAUUCUAUGGGGGACUGAAAUGGAUGGAGUGCAAUCAGAGAGAUGUCAUGUGUUAACUUAUGAAGAUGGAGAAGGAGACUUGAUUAUGGUUGGGGAUGUCCCUUGGGAGAUGUUCUUAUCAUCCGUGAAGAGGUUGAAGAUCACAAGGGUUGAUGCAUUCGGGUUUUAAUCAAAAGCAUAUAUAUUUGUUGAAGAUCAAGCUUAGUCAAAUGUAGUGAGACUCAAUUUUAGUGAUAAGAGAUAACCAAAGUGAUGAUACUCUUAGAUUAUGUUUGAGGACUAGCAAGUGUGAGAUAGUGAAAGAGAACAAAACCAAAAUGAAGGGUUAACUAAUUAAUUUGUGAUCCUUCAUUUGAAUAUUUAAAUUUUUGCAAAGUCCUUUAAUAUUAGGUCCAUUUUAAAUUAGAGAAGUGAACAAAGAAGUGUUUUGAAGGGUUA